AUGGUCCAGUACAGAGACGAAAACAUCCUGGUGGUGAGCAUUGGGUCCAAGACUACCCAGGCGCAGUUUGGGCUGGCUGAGAGCUUGACCCAGGCCCAGGCCAAGGUUCCUUCUGUUAUCUACAGAGUGCCCAAUCCUGACGGCUCCAACAAGCCGUUCUUUUCGAGCACUGGAGAUGAAGCCAACGCCGUUUGGCCGCUCAAGGAGGGCAAGAUUGUCGACCUGCCAGCCUUUGAGUACCUGCUGCAGUUGAUUACCCAGACGAUGCAGAAGACCAAGCCCGAAAUUCCUCUGGCCGGCUCUGCUUUGUUUCUGGUGUCGUCUACCUUGUGGACCCGUCUGCAGCUGGAGCACGUGACUCAGUACGUGUUUGAAGAGAUGAACUUCCCUGCGUUCGCCGCCAUCCCCGAGGCCGUGUGUCUCACCUACGCUUACAACUCGCCCGACGCAUUUAUCAUUGACGUCGGAGAGGACAUGACCACUCUGACGCCCAUGACGGACUUCACCAUCGUCGAACCCGCCCAGAUCGUCAUCCCCAUGGGUGCCAGUAGCGUCAAGAAGAAACUUGCGGCCAAGCUGCCCGAACUCACACCUGCCCAGAUUGAAGCACUGCUCAAGUCUGAUAUCUACGAGGUGCUGCACAAGGAUGCCAAGAACUUGUGGUCGGCCAUGAACCAGCCCGACGCCCCUGAUAGAGACGAGGAGACGUCAAUCGACGUGGCCGCCAUUGUGGCAUCUGGAAAAACACGAGAGAUCCUUGCCGAGCGGGAAAAGAACAAGAAGAAGGAAACAGAGAUCCCCAACUCGGAAAAGAACACAAACACCUUUGUGGACGACGAUGGAGUGGAACACACGGUUGGCCAGGAGCGAUUCCACGGCACUGAGGAGCUGAUCGAGGCCAUCACCGAAGAGACCGACUUGUCCAUUUCGUUUGUGGACGAAUUCUCCAAGCGGCAGCCCAUCUGGAACAAUAUCAUCAUCGCUGGCGGCAUUUCUGGUAUCCACGGAUUCAAGGAGGCCAUCAUGGCGUCGCUGACCAACAAGUUCCUGGUUGCCCGACAGUCCACCUAUUCGGAGCUGCCCUCCAAUUUCAACACCAGUGGACGAAACACCCCCACGGUCGGAGGAGCCACCACAGGCGGCGCAACGCCCAUCAACCCUCUGUACAGCCAGGCGCUGCAGACACAGAUUGGCCAUGGCCAGGCACCGACGUCCAUGCGGCUGGCCAAGAUGUCUGAGUAUUUCAGCGAGUGGAAGAGCUCCAAGCUGGAGCGAGCCGCAUUCCUUGGUGCCCAGAUUGGUGCCAAGCAGAUUUUCGGCACUAACAUCGAGGGUGCCUACAUUUCGCGACAAGAGUAUAAUGAGGUGGGUCCCGUGUCCGUGUGGGAUAUUUAA